UUGACAUUGUCGAAGAAACCCGACACGUUCCACAAGAUGCGUUUUGGAAGGUGUGAGCUAUCUUAUCUAAAUGUGUGGACUGUGGAGGCGGAGUAGACAAGAGCUGCAAGAGAGGAGUCGAGUCCACGCAUUGAUUGAUCCGUUGCGAUUUUAACGAUGGCGAUGAACGAUGAGCGAUCCCUUCCCAUUAAUGUGUCUGUUUGCGCACACGUGCGCUCGAAGGAGUGCGGAACUGUGCAACAGCUGGAAUGAAAAGAGAAGUCGACAACUAAAUAAGGAGUAAAUGGAGCAGGUCGACAUCUGUGCGGACAGAAGCGUCCUGUGCCUGUUUGACGUGGAUGGGACUCUGACGCCACCGAGAGAGAAAAUAGAUCCAGAGCUGGAUGAGUUCUUCCAAACACUGCGAAGGAAAGUCAAGACUGGCAUCGUCGGAGGGUCCGACUAUUCCAAGAUAGCCGAGCAGCUCGGGGAAGGAGAUGACGUCAUACGCAAGUUUGACUACGUAUUUGCUGAGAACGGCACCGUGCAGUACAAAGAUGGGAAACUAUGUUCAAAACAGGCAAUCCAGAACCAUAUUGGAGAGGAACUGCUGCAGGACUUGAUCAACUUCUGCCUGAGCUACAUGGGGCUCAUCAAACUGCCAAAGAAAAGGGGAACGUUCAUUGAGUUCAGGAAUGGAAUGCUCAACAUUUCCCCCAUUGGUCGGAGCUGCACCUUAGAGGAGCGAAUUGAAUUCUCUGAAAUUGACAAGAGAGAAAAGAUCAGGGAGAAGUUUGUUGCUGCCUUGAAGGAGGAAUUUGCUGGAAAGGGAUUGCGGUUCACAAGCGGUGGUCUCAUCAGCUUUGACGUGUUCCCUGAAGGCUGGGACAAGAGGUUAUGUCUCGAUCUGCUGGAGAGUGAAAGCCUGGACGCCAUCUACUUCUUUGGCAAUGAGACGUCAGAUGGAGGAAAUGAUUAUGAAAUCUUUAACGAUCCACGUACGAUCGGCUACACAGUCUACUCCCCGCAACACACUGCCAGGCUGUGUCGGCAACUUUUUUUGUGAUGAUCCAUCAAGUGAAUCCUGAUAUUCUUUUCUUUGCCCAAAGAACUUUGCUGAAUGUUUGUUGUACCUGCUGAAAGUCCAACAGUGGAUCUGAACAGGUUGGUUGUGAACUACUGAAAAUGUACCACUAUAGAUUUUAUAUGAUGGCUUUAGAGGGGGAGAAGGGGGGAAGGCGAUGUUAAAGAUGCAUGACUCAAGAAAUAACAGAGCUAGUGUUCCGGCUGUAAUGUGCAUGAGGCAUGGACCAUGAAAGUACUAAAUAUUGUGCUGUACUUAUUAGGCGUACAGGAAACUGUUUUGCUCUGUGUUUGGCAUUUUCUAAAUUAAUUUUGAGUACAAAAGAUAAUGAUGGGCGGCACAGAGCAUGAUUGGUAUGUACAUCCGCCUCACAGUUCUUGAGGUUGCAGGUUCGAAACAGGGAUCCGGCCUUCCUGUGUGGAGUUUGCUUGAUCUCCGGGUACUCAAGUUUCCUUCCACAUUCCCAGAGCAUGCAUGUUAGCUUCAUUGAAGACUGUAAAGUGAAUUUUAAUCUUUGAAUUUACAGUGAAUUAAUAUUAUGUAAAUGUGUAUAUUGUCUUUUUAGAGGCCGCUACAAGGCGUAUGUUGCCUGCACUGUGAGAGUCAUCACGCUGGUUUUCUGCAUUAUUUGAUUAAAUACAUGAACUAAUCAAUUUGACACAGGUUCACACAGCUCAGCAGCUUUGUUUGCCCCGUUUUUACAAUUGAAUCAUUGAAAUCACAAAAUUUGACAUGUAUUUUGCCUAAGCUACACAUGGACUCUGCAUAUACUGACAAGUACAAAUACAACCCCAAUUCCAAUGAAGUUGGGACGUUGUGUUAAACAUAAAUAAAAGCAGAAUGCAAUGAUUUGCAAAUCAUGUUCAACCUAUAUCUAAUUGAAUACACGACAGACCAGAUAUUUAAUGUUCAAACUGAUCAACUUUAUUGUUUUUAGCAAAUAAUCAUUAACUUAGAAUUUUAUGGCUGCAACACGUUCCAAAAAAGUUGGGACAGGUGGCAAAAAAGACUGAGGAAGUUGAGGAAUGAUCAUCAAACACGUGUUUGGAACAUCCCACAGGUGAACUGGCUAAUUGGGAAUUAGUCAAGUAUUUUUUUCCCCACUUUUCACAAAUCUGAAGUUAGGAGUGGAGGGUAUCUUGAGACCACUUUACAGCAAUAUUGUGAAACUUCUUCCCUCAAGUCCCCACCAUGAAAGAAAACAAGAGACAAACUUUGAAUCAUCAAUUGGUUUCAUGUAAUUCCAAGGCUCAGUAGAAGCCACCAACAAAGGAACAAAUAAAAUGAGGUGACAAAGAUGAUCCAAAUCCUAUAUUGACGUUUCAGGCAGUGCCAUAGACAGAAAGGUUAAGAGGUCGUAGUACAGUCAGAACACAAUAUAACUGAUCACAACCUGAAGUUCUACAAUACAAACAACAGUUCAGUAACAAUGGCCAACUACAAAGUCAUGUAGUCCACUAUCAUAAAGACUAAGCAUACAAAAAACACACACAAGGAGGAUUUCAGUCAGUUCAUGGCUCCAUACGCUGUACGGUUUUCAACACAACAGCAAAAUGAGCGGAACACGAUUGCUCUUAUUUUGUGCUAGUGGACGUUCACAUUUUCCCUCACUUGAUACGACAGAAGAUCAACAGUUAAAUGAUGAAAGGAAAUGAGCACGAGACAAUAAAACAACAGAAAAUACUUGCAGUGCUUUUCCAUUUAACAGUAAAAUGUUUGCUAUGCAUGUUGUGUGUCUGCUUGAGUCCUCCUUUCUUUUUCUGCAAAU